AGAAGCGUCCUUUUUAAAUGCUCGUUGAUUUAACGGUCGUGUCGCGACCCGUCGCCUGGGAACGAGCGUUUGUUGACGUCGUGUUAUAAAGCAACAAAAAUGCAAAACGUCCGAAUUUUUCAAUAACAGAAAAGAGCGUUUUUUUUAAACAACACUUCGCAUUCACCGUGCUUGUUUGCGGGCUUUGUUGAACGCGGACGAGCCGCCGAGAAUUCCAGCUGGCCUGACUUGCAGGCGACGAUUCCAUGGACAACCUGGACUUCUCCGAGGAAGAGAUCCAGCAGCAGCUGGUGCUUCUGGGGUACACCGACGUCCCCAAACACAGACUGCGAGAGUUCAAGCAAGAUCUGGAACAGUUGAUUCAAAAUGGCGGUCGGCCCAAGGUGACCACCGUUGCUGCCUACGAUAGGGGCGAGCCCGGACCUCCCGCCUUCACCAAGGAGAAAGUAAGACCGUGCGACGUGGGCAAGACUCCCGGAAGCUUUUUUAUACAUGACGAGCAACGUCGCACACAGGUCGUGAGCCCGCGUUCCAAUCAAGAUGGCUGCUCGCGUCGACACCGCGGGGACUUGUUGGAAAGUUCCCACAGCGCCACGACUCACACGCUGAUACCAGACACCCGCUGCAGGCACUUCAUCAAGAGGAAAGUGCUGAGGAAGCGUGAAGGACAAUCGCUGGUCUGCGAUGAAUCCAUCUACAGCCAAGAUUCUGAUUGCUCCAGUUCGCUGUCGGGUCGUCUGUCGGAGCUGCGCUUACACGAGGCGGAAAACGACAAAGCCAGCGUGGCCGGUGGCCAUAUGGAGGAAGACUCCCUCAGCACCUUUGGGUCCUUCACCACGUCUUCGACACGAUCGAGAAGCGAGAGCGACUUCCGCACCAAACCCAAAUCCUUCAUCCGGCCGAUCCUGACUCAGCAGACCAUCAAGAAGGAGGACCCGGUGGCCAGGUAUUUCCAGUACAAGCAGCUGUGGGACGAGCUCAAGCUCCCCGGGGAGCAAGAUCACCGGAAACUCCGCUGGGAAAUCAGGGAGAGACUUGCAUACCGGCAGCCGCCCCCCAAAGCUCGCCGGUGUUUGGCGGCCAACAGCUACGUGGUCCCCACGGAAAAGAAACGAUCGGCUCUGCGCUGGGAAAUCCGCAACCUCAUGGCGCACCCCCUGCCGCAAAAGUUCACGUGCCGCUUUUGAAGCGUCUGCAAGUUUGGGGCCUUUUCUUUCUUUUAAGGAACAACAAGCACUAAAACAAAAAUGGGAACUGAGGUGGCAACUUGCAGGAACAGGAACAUGCAAGGAUAGGUCAUGGAACUGAAACGAGGUGAUGAAUGGACCCUAACGACGAGAAGCAUCAAUUUGAGGCCUUUUCGCUUUUUCCUGUGACACACAGGAAGGAGCAAGGACACCCUGGAAAAUAGUCCCAUUCCAUGAUGUUAUCAAUUCUGGCCUUUUUCCGCACUUUUUUUUUUUUUGUGACAUUUCAGCUAG